UUAAUGUUUGAUAUUUAUGUACAGAGUUGGACAACGCAUUGAGCUGCCUUCAACGUGAAGAUCCAAGUUUAAAAGUGAAGCUAGAUCCUGACACAGGACAAACUAUUCUUUGUGGCAUGGGAGAGCUACACAUAGAGAUCAUUCAUGACCGAAUCAAACGUGAAUAUGGAAUUGAGACUUAUUUGGGACCUCUUCAAAUAGCAUACAGAGAAACCAUCGUAAAUGCUUCCCAAGCUACAGAUACAUUGGACAAAACAGUGGGAGAUAAACGACACUUGGUAACUGCAGAGUUAGAGGUGAGGCCCAGGGUAGGAGAGAGAGCAACGACAAAACCCGUCAUCGAGUACGCUGCAAGCGUCAUCGAAGGGCUGCCCAAAGAACUCCAAGGAGCUAUAGAAAAUGGAAUCACAAAUUCAUGCAUUCAAGGGCCUUUGCUUGGAUUCCCAGUUCAGGAUAUAGAUGUGACAGUACAAUCACUGAUGGUGCACCCUGACACCUCCCACACGAUGGUAUCAGCCUGUGUCUCCCGUUGCAUGCAAAAGGCUUUGAAAAAAGCUGGUAUACAAGUACUGGAGCCCUUGAUGAACCUAGAGAUCACAGUAAGUGAAGAUCAUCUCAGUGCAGCACUCGCUGACCUUGCACAGCGGAGAGGGAGUAUUCAAGAAAUCCAGAGCCGUCAAGAUAACAGAGUUGUGGUUGCUUCUGUUCCACUAGCAGAAAUGAUGGGCUACUCGACAGUUUUGCGUUCUCUAACAUCAGGCUCAGCAACCUUCACUUUGGAGCUUGCCAGUUACCAAGCCCUUAACAGUCAAGAGCAAAGCGCGCUGCUUCAGAGGAGAAUGGGGUUGGUGUGAUCGCUUUGCUCUGUAGAACAAUAAAGACAUAUUUCUUAGCCUCCCUGUUUAACUAUUUUCAGGAGCCUGUUCAUGUACACCAGUAUGUUCUUCUGGGACCAACUGGUUGUGGUAAAUGAGGAAUUAGCAGCUGUAUGAGCAGAUGGUGCUUUUAACUGUCCAGGGGAAGGUUCAGGAGAUGCUUGUGUUCUUCUGCAAAGCAGCUGAACAAGAGCUGCAACCACAGUCUGCUGCUGCUGAAACCUUAUCGUACAGAUCUCUGCAAUGAGAACUGAUUUCAAAUCCUCUUUGUAGAAAUGAGCACCAAGGGCACCUUAAUGUGCAAUGAGCAGUUUCUAACUUCAUUAAGCAAAGUUUGUGGAGUUUAUGUCAAUAAAUGAAAUUACAGUUCUGACAGUC